CUGUUCAGGUUGUGCCAGAACAGAUAUCUGUUGGAAAAGAGUGUACGCUGUGGCGCGACCCGGAUGCAGGGGAAACUAAAGAAAGAAAGUAAAAGUAAUUGUAUAAAUGUAACAACCAAUGAACUAUAGUUCAAUACCCAGUCAUUUAAGAAUGACAGAAAUGUUUUCCGUUAUCACAGCGUGGUGAGUACAGAGGGGCGGUGAUUGGUAGACAGAACAGGCAGGGAGGGGGCUAACGUAACCGUCACUCCCAUCCCAACAGCAGGCUGUGCCGACUGAAGGGGGAGCAGGAGCCGGAGCCGGAGCACAGCCAUUCAUUCUUCUGUGGUUCCGUAGAGAACGUGGAGCACGAAGGGCAGAUACUGAUGGCUGCUGCUGCUGUUGGAGAAUAUAAAUCUGCUCACAAAGCUUGGUUCGACAUUUAAAGUUCAACAGCAGGAGCCACGCGGAGAGAGGCCUGCGCACGAAUCCUCAAAGCCGUCGAUUCACAGACUUUACACGUUUUGAAGAGCAGGGAAAGGACUCUUUGACCAUCUGGAUUUAACUGGAGAAAAUCGCUUCUGUGCUUGACCCAAGAUUCCACUCCAGAGGUGUGUCUGAUGUGACGCCAGCAGGCUGGCUCAGGGAGCGGAACUCCAGUAUAAUGUAGACGUCAAAAAGAAACAAGAAUAAGAGUUAGAACAGCAGAGUGACAGGAGGAAGUUGACCUCAGGGAGAAGGCGGAACAGCUGUGACGAAAGACGCCGAACACAAGAUAAGGAGCAAGAGAACCUGAGAGGAGCUGGAAGCAGCGCACACUGUGAAUCAUUGACGUGAACCUUCUGUGAACAGCAGUGUCACCUCCUCUUCCCUGUGAAGUGAUCGCUCACACUUGACAGCAGCGGGAUCGCAACCUCAGCUCUUGGUCCUGUGGCAGCGCCCCGACCCAAGCCCGUUCCUCAGCCAAUCAGAUCGAGGAGAAACCCCACUGACCGUCAGCAUGUGCCAUGUGAUUGUCACCUGCCGCUCCAUGCUGUGGACUCUGCUCAGUAUCCUCGCUGCAUUUGGAGAACUCAUCGCCUUCAUGAGCACCGACUGGCUGGUGGGAUUCCCCCGUACUCCAGAUGCCGUCUUUGGCCCCCAUGGGGCCACCACAGCGGGAGAGGCCUAUAGGCCCACUUUAGGAAUCUACGGCCGCUGUAUAAAACUGCCCCACCUGCAGCGAGGAAUCCUGUGUGGGCCAUACGCCGUGCACUUCGGGGAGAUUGCCAGCGGGUUCUGGCAGGCCACCUCCAUCUUCCUGGCUGCAGGGAUCCUGUUGUUGUGCGCAGUGGCUUUCAUCUCAGUUUUUACCAUGUGCUUCCAAAGCAUCAUGAAGAAGAGCAUCUUCAAUGUGUGCGGACUGCUGCAAGGGAUCGCAGGUCUGUUUCUGAUCCUGGGCCUGAUGUUGUACCCCGCUGGUUGGGGUUCAGACAAGGUCCAGUUGUAUUGUGGUCCGGACGCCGCCCCGUACCGAGCCGGGCUGUGCUCCAUGGGCUGGGCCUUUUACACGGCCAUGGGGGGCACCGUCCUCACCUUCGUCUGUGCCGUCUUCUCUGCACAGGCUGAGAUCGCCACGUCCAGCGACAAGGUCCAGGAGGAGAUCGAAGAGGGAAAAAGUCUGAUCUGCCUCCUCUGAGGCCAAAGAUGCUUAACUCCUGUGGGUAAAAGUGAAGAAAAGAGUGAAACCAGAGGAGAGAGCCUGAAAACCAACAACAGCGGCUCCUCUGCUGUUGGUCAUGAGUCCGUGUUGUGAAACGAUGCCCUGCUUUGUUUACCACUAAAACUGACUCUCGUCUUCAUUUUGUGUUCUGUUGUGGGUAAAAAACUUAAAAAGUGCCAUUUUCUUUUUUUUUUUUUAAUUCCUUAAAGUGGAAUUUUGUCUUUCUGCCACUAGAGGUGCAGUGUAUGUAAUUGUGUAGCCACGUGGUCGGGCUCUGAUUGCCGCCAUGCACUCUGUAAAUAAGUGUGAUUAUAUAUAUUUUGUACAUAGUUAUGAUCACAGAAUGAUGGUCGGCUCCAUCUGAGCUGGGCUGAUGAGUCACUCCUGCCGUUAAAAAAAACAAACACCACAGUCAACUAUUGUUGUCUCCAGUCUGUUUGUCACAUUUGAGAGAACCACUACAGUCAGAAUAAACUACUCAGAGAACAAACGGCCGUCAGCUCAGCCUCAGAGCUCACAGAAUGUAAAUUGAUGAAAUGUAUCAGUGACUCACAGACUGCACAAGGACAAUUCUGUUCGUCCUCUUUUAUUUUUUGAAAAAAACAUUUUUUUUUCGAGAAUGCAUCAUGAACAAAUAAUGAAGUCAUGAAGACUGAUUGGAGUUUCAGCUGAGAGAAUUGACCCGCUCCUCCUUCAGUAGACCUCCUGCAGUCCGUGCACAGAGACAUGAACUGAACAGUAUUGAUGUCAUUGGUGACGGCUGCCUUUCAGGGAGCCUGUUGAGUCAUAGAUAGUGUAUCAGCCUUAAGUGUUCUCCUUUGUGUUCUGCCGAAUGAAUAAAGAGGAUUUUAGGAGGAAAAAAA